ACGGAAACGACGCGUAUCGCACACUGGCGAACUAGCUAGUCAUGGAAGUACACGGCACUCUUUAUGACCACUUUAGGGUGAGCUUCUCUUACCGUUUAGACUUUUUAAUUUAAUGCGACGUAGAGUAACGCGCCCAAUUUAAAGAAGACAACCGACGCACGGCCUUCUUUAACCCCCCCCCAAAAAAAGAAAAGUUGUUUUGAAAUAAUGAACGGUCAGUUCUUUGUCAGCCACUCGGUUGCUAGAGGACCAAAGGGACGCCAUGACAGCGGCUUUAAAUAGGCGUCCGGCCACACUGACGGUGACGGUGCUGGCCGCGUUGUGGGUCAGUUCGGUUCGGUGCCGCGUCGUCGGGUCUCCCGGACCGGGAUGCGACAAUGGAAAGCUGUCUUUGGACAGGGACCUGCCAGCGGACGCUGUUUAUUGGGACUGUCCUGGGUCUACAUGGCCAGAGUCUUCUCAGGUAACCAUGGAUACAACCGACCAUCUCUGGCCCAGUGUUGACACAGUGUAUGAUCCUGUGCCAGCCAGGCAGAUCUGCAUGGAUAAAUCUAUUUCCUACAACCAUACCAUUCCCAACAGUGGAGCGUACAGACCAGUAAGGGCAGAGAGUGGAGAAUACUUGUACUGUCCUCCUCAACGGUGGCUCAAUAACUUGCACCACGGAGCGACCGUGUUGCUCUACCACCCCUGUGCUCCUCUCCGCGAGCGACUGCUUCUGUCUGUCCUGGCCCGCUCCUGUCUGCCAGACUACAUCGUGACCUCACACCCUCGGCUCAGUGAACACACGCCAGUGGCCUUUGUGUCGUGGGGUCACACCUUGGAGAUGUCCACCGCGGCAUCGUCAGACGUCUAUGGCUGGCUGGAGACCACCACAUCCACGAGAAGAAAGAAGGUUGUUGGUGUGAACCCGAGCAGGAAGUACAACCUGCUGUUGACCCGGUCAGCUGAGCAGCGCUGGCAGCAAGACGCACAUCCAGAGGAACGCUCCGCAAAAAUGAAGGAGUCUCUGAGGCAAUGCUUUGAGCGGACCAUCUCCUCUCAGCUGACUGGAGCGAUGGAGACCGAGCCGGAGUCCAACGUGAAGAGAGAAAGCUUGAAACUAACGAAAGAGAAAGGCAAACGCAGGUGGAUAAGAGCCGCCGUUAAAGAAAUACGGGAGGAUGGUGAGGAAGGGAACAAGAGAGCAGACACAAUAACACACCUGAACAACAGAACCACCACCAUCAGCAGGACACGGGACAUCCAGAACUACAACUUCACGCUUGGACCAUCUACAGAUUCCCCUCUGGGGAGCAGGACUCUCUUAGACACUCCAGAAGCUCCCUCUCAGUCAAAUCAGGACCUUACACCCAGGUCAACGACUCCUUUGGGGACAAAUAUGUCAAGGACUACACUCACAAGUGAUCCUCAGAUAAGCAGGCUGACCCCGCAGACAGCGGCACGGCAGCCCAGUCCGAAACGUACUGGCAUCGUAAACCCUCUCGCAGAUGGUGUGAACGGGGAGCAUCGCCAGACUGCCGGGCCUGAAGAUGAAGAUGAAGGUAACGACUCAGUCGAGCAGAGAGACGACAAAGACUUUGCUAAACACAGCCUGAAAGACAAAGACGACAAUAAAGACAACGCAGCAGGAGGCAGCAGGAGGGAUAACGAAGUGGUAGAUGUUAAAGAGAGAGAGUUGGAACACAAGCAAACACACAGCGACACACACCCCCGUCACGAGAGUGAAACCGUUUCCAAAACCCAAUCGGAGACUCGGCCCGAGCCACAGCGACACCGGAACCCGCAGUCGUCCAGUCACCUGUCCAACAGCCCCGACUGCGACGGCUGCAAAGCAGGCGGAGGCUGCGAAUGCGACGAGGACUCGGGGGCCUCGGACGCUGUGAAUAAGGGGCUGCCGAGGACCCCGAGGACCGACGAGGCGGUGUGGGCAGCAGCAGCACUGGGCUUCCUGCUGAUUCUCCUGACACUGUCGGUGCUACACACACGCCUGUACCGCCACUGGAGGACCACGCCCAGUCUUUACUGGCGCCACCCAGAGCAGGACUACGACAGUGUGGCAGAUGUGAUCCGCAGGAGGCUACGGAUUGCAAACAAGAGGCGGAAACGGGGCAGAAGGCGGGAGUGUGUUCUUCUGCCUAGUUCCUCCAGCUCAGAUGAACUUCCAUAGGAGAAUGAAGGACACCCAGGAGUCAUUGCAUGUAGAGACGGUGAAGAGACUCUGUCAAUGAAAAGAGACUGAAACUCAUCAUUUGGGCAGCAUUCCUAAUAAUCAAUCUAUCGAUACAGUAUACAUAGCAUACAGCAGCGAUUCUUAACCACUGGCGAGGCUCAGAGCGUCAUCUAGUGGGCUGAGACGGUACUGGGAAAUGAUAAUGUCAAAUUAAAGAAGAAAGAAAACGGUAAUUUAUAAAGCUAGCUAUUUUUUUAAUCUAAAUGGAGUCAAUGGGUUUAUCUGACAGCUGGACUGGACCACCACAAUCAGAACAAGUUGCUGGAUAACGUGGAAGCUGAACCUGAAUUUCCACAUAACUGCUCCAGGGUCAGUUAGAGCCUGAAUGGAGCCUUUUUACACAUUUUCUUUAGAUUGAGACCGUCAUUAUAUUUACCUCUCCUUGUGUUUUUUUUGUUGGACCAUCCAAAAUGAGCAUUGAGUUAUGAAAAGCCAGAAGACCGAGGUCAAAAAGCAUCAAAUAAUAUUUUAUUGUUUUUGUACAACUUCUUCCAAUGCAUGUGUCUGGUCGUACUGCUUAUUGUGCUCCAUGUAUCACAACAAUAUUUGACAAUUCUUCUAUCAGAGGAUAAUUUUUUUUAUUGUGCUCCAUUUUGUCAACGUUUUGAAUAAUGUCGCUUUUACCCGUGAAGGUUUAUUAUGUGAAUAUGUAAGUUGCUGUUGUAAGCAACGCCGUGCGCAGCGUGUUUUUCAAAGACAAUAAAUUCCACUCUGUGGAAACGUUCUCAUAUCUUUUAACACAAAUGUGUUGGCCUUAAAGGAGUCGCGAUGAUGAUAUGAACCGAUCAGGA